CUCCUCACAUUCAUUCAUACAUCAGCCCGGCUCCCGUCUUCCCAGGCGGAGGGACAGUGACGCUGGCUGUCUGACUAUCUCCUCUCAUUAUCAUUCCCCCUCCCCCCUCCAUCCAUCCAUCUCCCACUCCAGCUGGAUAAGCCAACCACUAACCAGCUCUACUCUCGUUACAGAGCGGGGUCUUGAAGAUUGCAUCCUUACAUUUGUAAUCAGAUGUAGGAGAGGAUUAUCUCAAAGUCUCCUCCAUCUUGUGCACAGCUAGGGGCAGCUGAGACUGAAACAGGAGAGGAGAGGAAGCAGCAGGAGAGAGGGAUCAAGGGCGGCACAGUGAAUGUAGUGGAGUUGAAGGCAGAGAGAGGGAGAGAGGUCACCUGUGGAUGUGAAGACGAGGAGGAGGAAGAUGAGGGCUUUGUAAGGGACUUUUACCUAUCACCAUCCCAAAAGGAGAGGACAAGGGGAGCAUAGAGACUCAGCAGCAAGUAGAUCCCCGCGAGAGGUAUUCCAUGGCAGAGGCUGGGCAUCCUGUGUCGACGUUGUUCCUGUUGGAGGGAGAUGUUCCCUUGGAUCCUACCGUCUCUGGUCAGUCCCUGUUUGACAGCUCCAAGAGCUCUACGCAGGAAAUAAGCACGUCUACAGCGGCAGGUUACAAGUGCCAGGAAGAAGCUAAAAGUAAGAUCUGUCAAGGAAAUUCUGCUACUCUUCCUACCGAGGGAACUUGCAGCGGCACUCUGGGGAUCAACAGCCGACCCGCUGAACAGCAGCAAGGUGCGUCUGAACGUUGUGCAAUCCCUGGAGGUCCAAGCCACCCACUGAGUCUUGCUGAGACACAUACACCCUCACACCAGCACAGGACAGGUGUGAGUGCAAACAAAGACAGCCCUGAGUCAGCCAGGACACUACAGAGUAUAAAGUUGGUAUCUCUGCCUGUUCACAGAAGUCACUCUGACACUUUAUGUCAGGUCAAACAGGGAGUGCCCCCCCAGGCUCCAGACAGUGAGACUUGUGGACUUAGUUGUCAUGGAGGAGAUAAAAGCAUCCAAGAGACUGAAACUCACUCCGAGCUGGCCUGUAAGCAGUCCAUGCCGUUGCAACAGUGCAGCUUUGUCAAUACCAUUUGCAGAGGAGCCAACAGUGGAGAAUCUGGUGUACAGCAGCCUCAAAGCAGGUGUAUCUGUAUCUCAACCACUGAGGCAACAGUCAGGGUAAAGCAUGCUGAGGAAGAAGGCCAUCUCCCCUCUCAAUGUGACAAAACACUGUGCUAUGGCUCUUAUAUGCACCAUGAUAAUUUUGAGGACACGUUUGCUGCUUACUGCCAUCCCCAGCCCAUUCCAGCCCCAUCCCGGCUGCUGCCACGCCUGGCAGGCAUAGAGCCACAGUGCAACGUUCAGUGUGCCACGGCACCUCCUCCUGCAGCCAACCACCUCACCCUGCCUCGACUCAUCUCCUCCGUCAGUGAGACGGGCCUGGAUGCCAAACAUCUGCUGCGCUGCUGCAACCUCAGCUGCUCCUGGAUCCGCUCAAUGCCUCCUGGCACUUGCCCACAAUCCCAAAAGCCACUCAGCAGGGAGGAGUGCUGCAGCAGUUCAUUUGGUCCAGUCAGAUCUACAGUCCGUGACAUGGGGACUAUGACAGCCCACACAGUUCUGAGGGACGUAGGGGUGCAGACAAGUCAGACCGCCAUAUCUCAUGUGUUCCCCGAGGUCUGUCUGACAGACAAGUGCAGGAAUGAGACCUCCUGCAUCCUGACUCUAAACAGUGAUAGUCAUGGAAGCAAGAAACAGGGUGGUGCUCCCAAAUCUCCAGUAAAGGAGGUGAAGUGGGAUGCAGAAGGGAUGACAUGGGAAGUGUACGGGGCUUCUGUGGACCCGGAGGAGUUGGGUCUAGCCAUCCAGAGACACCUGGAGCUACAGAUCAAGGAAACAGCAAGCCAUGCAGCCAAGCUGGCACGCCAAAACACCAACACAUCUGGUCAGGGCAAAAACACCAGCUGUCAGAGAAAGAGAAACAGAAUGAUGAGCUCCAUCCGAACCCCGGUCUGCUGCAGUCGGAGCACUGAAGUUGUUGACUGAUUCACCGGCUGACAGAUGGAGUGGAAGAGACCUGAGCACUGAACCGACCUUAACUUCAGCCUCAAAUGUCAUCCAUCUGAGCAGAAACUUUGUGAAAGAUAGAGUAAUCUGCAUACUUACAAGACUGGCCUGUAUACCAGUAUUUCAAUAUUUCAGUGACUGUAACUGUGAUUCUUGUAGCUGUGCACUACAAAUUUUUCUGAGGGCCUCUCUACUAAUGUAUAUUUUAAUAAGGAACCGUGUACAAGACACAGACUCAAUAAGAAAACACUUACACAGAGUUAAGCAAUCUGAUACAACAGCCCUAUAAGAAAUACUACUCUUACUACUAAUACUAAUAAUAUUAAUCUGAAAAGCUUGUAAUGAAUGUGAAUUGAGGCGUAGAAUGUAAUUCAGUAAACUGAACCUCAGCUGAGUCCAAACCAAAUGCUGAUCUAAUCACCUCAGAUCAACCCUUUACUACAUCCCUGCUUCUGCUCUCCACCUCCUGGAAUUUGUGUUCCUCUUUCUGCAUUACUCGGAUUUAGGGUCUUGACUGACACCUGUGGAUAUCUGGCAAGGGAAGCAUUGAGAGUUUCUUACCUAAUGCUGAUCCUAAUCUUAGUCUGCAGCCUCAAAAACAAACUACCACCUCGCCCGCACAGUCACAAUAAGAACUGAAUGUUACAAGCAAACACAUGCAAUGUUAAAGGAAAUGAAUGUCAUACUAAUACUGUAGAAAAAGUCAAAGUAAAAGGCAAAUUAACUAACCACUAUGUUCUUUAAAAAAUAAAAAAUCAAUGGAGAUAGAGUGAAUAUGUCCUUUGUAAGGGAAUUUCAUACUGUGUGGCACCCAAAAUAAGUUAAUACUGUACAUAUUGUGUGUUUUCAGGCUGUGAAAACAAGAUGGCUGUCCUUGUUUUUGAAUGAAUGAUGGACAAAUUUUGAUUUUUCAAGUGACUGACCGGUUUAACCUACACAUGUCCAUGGAUUUGUUUUCUUUCCAUUAAAAGGAGGAGUUGUUCCCUG